ACUGUGUGAUUGUAAUUUAAAUACCUUUUUUAAAAUUGUGACGUCAUUACUGAGACAUUGCAAGACACACCAUGGUGGCUAUGAUCGACCGCCGCAUAUCGAAAUGAACACAACAAUGUAGCAAAGCCCAUCACUAGUUUACGCAAGUAUGCAAAAAAAAACACAGAUGAUUUUUUAAGUGCAAUAAAUAAUAAGAAGCAAUCUACACAACAAAUAACAAUAAAUCCCACAAGUGAUUCACUUGCUCACAGCUGUCGACUCCAAAAUGGAUAAUAUAAUACAGCGUGAUAACGGAUUAUACGAAAACAACACGUAUUGUUUGGUAUCGGGAAACAGGACAGCGAUCUUUACCAGCGCCUACAAUGGAAUCCCCGAGACUUUGAUACUGAACACCAUCUUUUGGGUAUUACUUUUGCUCCUGUUUACCACACUUCGUCAUCGGGCGAGCGAUUAUCGCCUGGCCUUGGUCAAUACCAAUGGGAAUAAGAAGCGUUGGACGGAAAUCUUUUAUUCACGUGCCGCCAGCGUUGUGGAACCUCAGCCGGGCACAUCGUCACAGCAGACUCCCACGCCUCGACCCAGUGUUGACUCGCAUCUAUCGCAGGGAGCGGAUCAAUCCACACCUUUGUCACCCAUUGAUACGGAUCCGGGCUUAUUCAGUUGGAUCAGAGUAACAUUUAAGCUACGCAAGGAGACAAUUCUACUUCAUUCUGGCCCGGAUGCAGUGCACUAUCUAUCUUUCCAACAACAUCUGAUGGCGGUCAUGUCGGUGGUCACCGUCGUCUCAUUGGCCAUCAUUCUGCCCAUUAAUUUCCUCAAUGGACCCACGAACACGCAUUACGAUGUGAAUGCCUUUGGGCGCACAACAAUGGCCAAUCUGGAGCCAGAAUCACCAUGGCUUUGGGUGCACACCAUCAUUACCAUAUUGUAUAUUCCUCUCGUAGUGCUCGUCAUGCGUCGAUCCUCGGGUCGCAAUGCCUUUAAAAAGGCCGCCACGAGGACCAUCAUGAUAUCGAACAUCUCCAACAGUGAUCGUAACAAAACCGUUAUACGGAACUACAUGCAGGAACUGUUUCCGGAUGUGACCAUUGAGAGUGUCAGCAUUGCCUACAACAUUUCCCGGCUCUUUGUCCGCAAUGCGGAGUUCGAAAGCGCACAUGAAGCGAGAGUUUAUUGUGAGCAGCAUCGGGAUCGGGACACUCUGAUGGCCAAGCCGGAUUUCUGCUCCUGCAAGAAGGAGAAUGCCUUCGAGUAUUACCAGCGGGAGGAGCGUAAAUUAUCUGGUGAUGUGGCACGAUUGCGUGCCUCGACAAUGAAUGAACCAUUGGACAUUGCCUUCCUUACCGUCUCGACGGUGCAGGAAGCCCAGAACAUUGUGACACACUUUACACCCGGCACUUACAGACAAUGGCAGAUUAUGUUUGCGCCAUCGCCGGAUGACAUCUUCUGGGAGAACUUGAAUGUGAGCAAGAGUCAUUGGUACCUUAAGUUUGUGUGCGUCAACGUUGUCCUCUUCAUUGUGCUUUUCUUCCUGACGACACCGGCUAUGGUUGUCAAUCUGCUGAAUAAUCGUGCAUGGUUGCAAGACACGGAGACGAAAAUUUCACCACUGGUAUCCGAGUUCUUGCCCACGUUGAUGCUGUGGACACUGUCGGCACUGAUGCCAGUGAUUGUCACCAUAUCGGACAAAUGGAUGGGUCACUACACUCGCUCCAAGCAAAACUAUUCGAUAAUGACGAAAUGUUUUAGCUAUCUGCUUUUGAUGAUUCUUAUAUUGCCCUCGUUGGGAUUGACAUCGGCACAGGCUCUGUUGGAAUGGGGAUUGACGAACGAAACUGGACGCUGGCAGUGCAUUUUCUUGCCGGAUCGUGGCUCCUUUUAUGUUAAUUAUAUUAUAACUGCUGCCUUUAUUGGUACCUCAUUGGAGCUGUUGCGUUUCCCAGAACUAAUCGUAUACAUUUGGGCAUUGCUAAAGGCCAAUUCAAAGGCCGAAACACCAUACAUUCGCAAAUCCAUAAUGAUUGAAUUUCCCUUUGGCACCCACUAUGCCUGGACAACGCUCGUCUUUACCAUAUCGAUUGUUUAUAGUGUAUUUUGUCCGUUGAUCAUGCCCUUUGCCAUGAUCUAUAUAUGCCUAAAGCAUAUGGUCGAUCGUUAUAAUUUAUACUUUGCAUAUGGACCCUCAAAUAUGAUAUCACGCAAAGGUGGCAAGAUUCACUCCACAGCUGUCACAAUGACCAAGUUUUCUGUACUAAUCUUAGUCCUGGUUAUGGCAAUGAUAUGUUAUUUCCGAGGCGAUGACGGCAUGGCACGAUUUCUAAUAUUAAUCAUAACCUUGGCCAUUACCGUCACAUUGUUCAUCUUCAUGUCGCCCAUUAAGCGGUGUGCGGCCACCCGACGUCCAAGUAUUGUGGAAAUUGCUGGCCCUGCACCCGCCUAUAUACCCGACGUGCUGAAAACACGCACGGAACCCAAUGUGAAGCCGUCAGUUGCCGGAUUUGGAAACUAUGGUGCGGACAAUGUAUCCGACUACGACAGCUCCCAAUAUAGUGUCAAUAGCGUUGAGGCUUAAACCCAAAAAAAGGCGUUUAAAUUUUUGGCUAUUAUUGACUCUCUAUCGAUCAAGCAAUCAAAGAUUUUUACAUUUACAUUUAAAUAUUUUUGUAUAUGACUUUUUAUAAGCCGCUGAUAACUUUCCAAGUGCUGUUAAAUGUGCAAAAGGCUUUGUUUGCAAUGGGAAAAUGUGAUACGAAAUUAGCCUCGUCUGAGUUCAGUUUAAAGUCGUUUUCGAAAAACGUCACCUGCUGCGACUUUUAUUUUUUAAAUUUAAAUAUUUUUUUCUGUUUUGUAUAUAUCCAAGUAUCUGUCCUCCUGAUUUACUCCUAUUUAAUCAACUUAUUUGUAAUCUAAAUUGUAAAUAUUACUUCUUUUUAACGCAUAUUGUCUUUUAAGCAUAAACUGUCGGUCACACUCCAAUUUGCAACUAAACAGAAUGUAUUCUCUAUACAUAUAGAAAGAGUAUUAUGUUAACAAGAAAACACAUAGCGUAUGUAUACAAUUAGGUUUGUUUAUUUAUCGCAAAAAAUCAUAAAUAAAAACGAUUUAGUUUUAUAUGCAUAUCCGUUUUACAUACAAGAUGCAGCAAAUUACGAGUACUAGAGUUUAUUAUUAUUAUUUAAGUAAUCUAUUAAUAUUAGCCUGCAAAUGUUUCUUCUAUUGUUAUUUGAAGGAAAAAUGUAUCAUCAAUAAAACAAAUUAAAAACCCCAUAAACAAAA